CUUCCAUUCGUCCAGAGUUCCAUCUUGAAAGCACUCAGCGUUGGGAUCUUGCUGCUAUUUUGGCAACAAUCCCCCCGAUUUCACCGCAACCCCUUUUCUCUCCUUCUUCACGCCCGACACCCAAUCAGACAUUCGACAAUGGCCGGCGACCGGUACUCAUUCCCAAGCGAGCCCAAGGCGAACCCCAAGGCGGUUGUCACGGGCGGCAGGGGAUCUUCUUACUACCGUUUCAGCGUCUUGACUGACCGCCUGAUCCGCUACGAAUGGUCUCAAGAUGGCGGCUUCGAGGACCGCCCGUCUUCCUUUGCCAUGUUCAGGUGCUUUGACGUCCCGCACUACCGAGUUGCCGAGUCAAAGAAUUCCCUCGAGAUCGUUACGGAGCACUUCCACCUCACCUAUGACAAGAAGAAGUUCUCCUCCAAGGGACUCUCGGUCAAGGUUGCCGACGAUGUCUGGCGGUACGAUGGUGAGAGCUACGGAGACCUGGGUGGCACUGCCAGGACCUUGGAUGGCGCCUGGGGCCGCGUCGACCUAGAGCCAGGGGUACUCUCUCACAAGGCCUAUGCUGUCCUUGAGGACUCAAAGUCCAUGCUGUUUGACCAUGACGACGGGUGGAUCGCGACGCGCCGCCCUAGCCGCAUCGACGGCUACAUCUUUGCCUACAACGGCGAUCACAAGGCCGCCAUCAAGGACUUCUACCGCCUCUCCGGCAAACAGCCAAUUCUCCCUCGCUGGGCGCUGGGCAAUUGGUGGUCACGGUACCAUGAGUAUACAGCCCGCGAAUACCUCGACCUCAUGGAUCACUUCAAGAGCGAAGGCAUCCCUCUCACAACGUCGGUCAUCGACAUGGACUGGCACAAGGUCGCCAUCGACCCAAAGUACGGAAGCGGCUGGACCGGGUACUCUUGGAACCGCGCUUUGUUCCCAGACCCGGAAGGAUUCAUGAAGGAAUUGCACAAGCGGGGCCUGAAAGUGACACUCAAUGACCACCCAGCGGACGGCAUCCGGGCCUACGAGGACCAGUACAAGGCCGUAGCCAAGGCCCUGCACCACGACACGUCUAAAGAGGCCCCGAUCGAAUUCGACUGCACCGACCGGAAAUUCCUCGACGCCUACUUUGACGUCCUCAAGACGAACCUUGAGGAACAGGGCGUCGACUUCUGGUGGGUCGACUGGCAGCAGGGAACCAAGACCAAGAUCCCGGGCAUCGACCCAUUGUGGGUGCUCAACCACUACCACUACCUCACGAGCAAGCGCAACGUGAAGACCAUCCAGCGGCCACUGACCUUCUCCCGGUACGCGGGUGCCGGGUCCCACCGCUACCCGAUCGGCUUCUCUGGCGACACGCAAAUCACCUGGGCAGGGCUCGAAUUCCAGCCCGAGUUCACGGCGACCGCGUCCAACAUCGGCUACGGGUGGUGGAGCCACGACAUCGGCGGGCACUGGGCGGGCGUGCGGUCCAACCAGCUCACCGUCCGCUGGGUGCAGCUGGGCGUAUUCUCCCCGAUCAUGCGCCUGCACUCGACCAAGAGCCUCUGGAACUCCAAGGAGCCGUGGAACUUUGAGGACGAAGCCUGCAAGAUCAUGAAGAACUUCCUCACCCUCCGCCACCGGCUGAUCCCCUUCCUCUACACCAUGAACAUCCGCGCCAGCUACGAGAGCGAGCCGCUGAUCCAGCCCAUGUACUGGAACCACCCGACCGACGAGGAGGCCUACACGGUGCCGACGCAGUACUACUUCGGCCCGGACGUCCUCGUCGCACCCAUCACCUCCCCCAACAACGGCACCACGCUCAUGGGCAGCGUCCGCGCCUGGCUGCCGCCCGGCCGCUACAUCGACCUGUUCCACCCGCACCUGGUGUACGACGGCGGCCGGUACAUGCACCUGCACCGCCCCCUGUCGCAGAUGCCCAUCCUCGCCAAGGAGGGCACCAUCUUCCCGCUCGACGCCGCCCCCAGACUAUCCAACGGCGCCCCGCGCCCCGCCGACAUGACCAUCCUGCUCGUCGUCGGCCAAGACGCGCAGUUCGAGCUGGUCGAGGAGCCCGAGAAGGACCAGAACCACCAAACCGACCCCGACUCGGACGUGCAGCCCGCGCUCAGCAGCUUCGUCCGCACGCCCAUCACCUGGUCCCAAUCCACCGGCGUCCUGCGCAUCGGCCCCGAGUGGAACGGCGCCAACCGCUGGCGGCAGUGGCAGGUCAAGCUGGUGGGGCACACCAACACGGACGUGCAGGCGCAGGUGCCCGGGUUCCGCGUGACGCAGGACAAGAACGGCGAGGGGUGCACGACGAUUGCGCUCGGCAACGUGCACCGGUGGGAGCCGGAGGGGUUCGAGAUCGCGCUGGGGCGGGAUCUGCAGCUGGAUGUGGUGGAUGUGGAGAAGAGGGUGUUUGAGGUGCUGCAUCGGUGUGAGAUGGGGUAUCAUGAUAAGGAUCCUGUCUGGGAGGUGGUGGCCAAGGCGGAGGAUGAGGUGGAGGCGAGGGUGGGGAGGCUGUUGCAGAUGGGGGUGGAUGCGGGGGUCAAGAAUGCGGUUAUGGAGGUUUGGGGGGCGGAUGGGCGGGCGGAGGGCAGUGCGAAGGGGCAUGAGGUUUGGGCGGAUGUGGUGAGGGAGGGGGAUGGGGUGGAGGCGAUUGAGGAGGAGUUGAAGGAUUAUGUUUUGGUGUGAGCUCGUUUCGCUGGGGUUGAGGGAUACAAGCAUUGAUGGGGUUGGUUUGUGGAUUGUUAUGUGGUUAUGACUUGUUUCUUUCUUAGGCAAAAAUCUCUGGAUGGGGUUACAUGGACAUACAUAGGUACACAUAUGGUACUGGACUUCCUGCUCGGCAAUACGUACAUGUUUACUGUUUGAG